AGUGUUGAUGUUUAAAGGACCCCUUUUCAAGAACUAUGCUUUAAAAUAUAUACAACAUAUACAAUUUUUUUUACUGUUGUUGGCUGAAGCGGCUGAUUGAGAACAUCUGGGAAGCAAACUCACUGUGCUGGAGAAAGCUGCUGAUCUUGAAUGAGAUUCCUUUUGAAGUAAGACGGAGCUUGAAUUUCCCCUCAGAGUGAGGGAGGUACGGCAGGAAGAGGUGUGGCGUAAGCUAACGCAAAGGAUCUUGGGAGCUGUAGUCCAGAAGCCCAAGAACGAAAAGGGGGGGAAAUGGAUACCAGGAAAAAAACCCAAAGCCAAAAAAACAAUUUAACAAGUCAAACACAAUUUCAAAGAAGAUCUUCCAUGGAACUCCAAUCAUCUAUGGAUCAAAAUACUUUAUAUUUUGAGGAAAUUAAAAGGAUAACUACACAACUAAGUAUUCAAAUGGACAACUUAAACAAGGACAUGAAUAAUUUUAAAGUGGAAGUUAAAAAAGAAUUACACAAUGAUUUGAAGGAAAUAAAACAAACGAUGGGAAAGAUAUCAGCUGAGAUUUCCACUAUAAAGGAAAAAAUCAAUAAUUUGGAAGAUAAACACACGGAUAUGCAAGGAGAAUUAGAGGAAAUUAAAGUAAGGCAAGACUGUUACGAGGACGAUCAAUUAAUUUGGGAGACAAGGGCCAGAGAAAGAUGUAUAAAAAUCAGAGGACUCCCUGAACAAGAUGGUGAGGACUUAUAUUUAAGACUGGUUCCAAUUCUAGCAAAAUUUUUACAUAAAGAGGAACAAUCAUGUCUAUUGGAAAUAGACCGGAUGUUCAGACUGAACUCUAAAAUUGCUAAACAAAAAAAAAUACCGAGGGACAUUGUGAUUUAUUUUUUAAGAAAAGAAAUGAAGGACCGGAUCUUAAAACUACACAAUGAGAAACCUUUGGAAGUAGAUGAAAAGACACUUCAGAUCUUUAAAGAUGUCCCGGCUAAAGUGUUGAAACGGAGGAAAGAGUACAAAUUUUUAACAACUGAACUGAGACAAAAUGAUAUUAACUAUAGAUGGCUAUUACCGGAAGGAAUUACCUUUUGGUACAAAAAGAAAAAAAUUCAACUUAGAACUAUUCAACAAGCUAGAUUUUUUUGGAACCAAUUUACAAAAGAAAAAAAGAAAACUACUCAACAAAGAAAUAAGGACCCUACAAAUAGAGAACAACAAGUUAAGCAAGUUGAAAAGGAUUUGCAGAAACCAUAUCAAUUUGAAAGCAAGGAAGAAACGAAUACAUUGACUCAUACUAUAUCUAAUCUGAAAAUCUUAAAAGAUCAACAAGAUUGCACCGAUGUAAAACCGGGAGCUAGUGCUGCAGCAAAGGAUGGUGAAGAUCAAAAUCAAGAUAUGUCUUUCGAAGAUGAUGAAAGUAAAAGCUUAACCUCUGACACAUCUGAUAGAGAAUCUGUUUUCAAUGAAGAACAAAUUGCUUAAAUUUCUGACAUGGAACGUAAAAGGGAACACCUCCAAUUUGAGAACUGAAAAGGAAGGGGAUCCUAAUGAGGAUAUACUGCUCUGUAAUGUAAAAUAAUUAAAGUUUAAGGUAUGAUACUCCAAGUAACAAAUCUUUGAUGUUUAUAAUGUUAUUUUGUUUCAACAGAAUAACAAGUUAAAUAAGUAGCAAGUAAGUUACAAUAGAAUUACAGUUAGAACUGAUCAAAAAGUAUCGCUUUAAGAAAGGAAGUAUCAGGAGCUUAGAAGGCUCAUAUUAUGUUUUUUUUUAAUCAAGAUGUCUGUUUACUGUGUAUAGUUAUAUGUUGUAAACUUUAUUUAUAUAUAUGUGUAAUUUUCUUGUUAUGUUUGUCAUGUCCAUUUGUUGUACUGGAAAACUUA